GUCGUACCUGCCAAGUGAUACCAAUUACGGCUCUGCUAUUACCACCAACUGCUAAACGCUCGCUUGAUGCGUGAUCGGCUUAGGAUCGAUCCCCGUCGGUGGUCCCUUUUGGUGUAUUUCUCGUACAUACAAUAUAUCCCGUACUACUAAUGAAAACAAUGCAGUAGGUUUGCCUACUCAGACUAUUAUGUCAGAAUAACCAACUGUUUGACAUCCAAUAGCUGAACAUUAAUAAAUCAACAUGCUCUAGUGAUUAGUCGUUAAACAAAACUAUUUUUUUUCCACAGCGUUUUACUGUUAGUUACAGUGUUAAUUCUACAACCUAUAGCCGGGCUUAGUGAAGAGAAGCCCGUGGAUUCCGUAUUCGAGCCCCCAGAACUCCCGGAGCAGUGGUGAGAGUUUGACAGCGAGCACGCAGAUCUCGACUAUGGUUCCACAGAUAUGAAGCCUGAUUCCAAGAAGAAAAAGUAUCCCGUAAAACCACCCGCUAUGUCUCAAGAAGUCAACAAAGAUGAGGCUGUUAUUGACAGGCAGUUGACAAGAAAUGAAGGGAUGCUCAUGAACCUGCGUGGCCGCCCAGAGCAAGCCAGUAGCCACCAGAUUGAUCCAGAAGCUGGCGUUAACAUGCAGAUGACCAAACACGAAGAACUCCUUAUGGAAAUGGCGGAUCCACGACCCUGGGUGAACCGGAUAGGUGCACAACCCAGGAUGAACCAGAUAGCUACUACUACUACUACUACUACUACAAAGAGACCGGAAACCAAUGAGCAUAUAUUCAAACUACCCGUGAAAACACAGGCCAUCCUAUUUAUUUGUCUCUCAGCUUCUGCCAGCCUGAUCCUGAUAGGAUUAAUAAUUUUGGAGUGUUUGCUAGAAAAAAGGUGGAACAAAGAGGAAUGUCACCCUGACCCUGACCCUGACCCUGAACCUGUCCCUGACCCUGACCCUGAAAGGCCACGACGGAGAUCGGUCACAUUUAGUGAAUACCUUCCUACUAGAAGGUCAGUUAUGGAGUCAGUUAUGGAGUCCGAGGGAAGAUACAAUGAGGGUAAUGAAAUUGACACUGAAUCAGAAGAUUCACUAGAUAGAUAUUAUGUACAAGAGGAUGGUGAUCAUCUUAUGGAACAAGUGGAGACAGAGUCGGAGAGUUCCGAGGAAGAGGUUGAAGAGGUUGAAUCUAGUGACAAAACUGAAUCCAAAGAAAACGUGUCACAAAAUUUUAAAGAAGUAUCUGCAACUGAACUGCAAAAUAGGCAACAGUAUAAACACAGCCAAAAAGCCAAACAACAGACACUACACGUUUCUAUGGAACAACCCAAUGUUGGACUACCAGAUAAGCAACGGUAUAGUUGCCCACAAGAACCGAAUAUUGGACUGCAAUAUAAGCAGCUAUAUAAUUACAAGCAAGAGCCCAAUAUUAGACUAUACGCUUGCAGCCAAGAAUCUGAUAGAAGUAGCCAAGAUAAGGUGUUAUACAAUAAUAGACAAAACGCAAAUAUUAGACUGAAAAAUGCAUAUGCAUAUAAGACCUUGCAAAGGAACUACAAAGAGCCCUACAUUGCGAUCAAUGGCAAGAUAUACAGGUGCUGGAAGGAAGUUGACACCGAGCCACGUUACGAAGAGAUAAAUGAAAUUGCACCCAGAUCUAAAGGCCGAACAUUUUUAAAGAAAUUUAAACCAUGCAUCAUGAAACCUUGUGUGCUGGACUAAAGUGUAGACAGCAGGCGUGUGUGCAGGGGGAGCAUUUUGGGGUUCCAACCCCAUCCCUGCUCAAGCAAUGUUUUGUUAAUACAUUUUCCAGGGGAGCAUGUUUUGGCCCCCCCCCUAUUAGCUCGCCAGUCUACACGCCCCUGCUAAGAUUCCUGCAGACGCGCCUGAACAGGAUCAGCCUAGUGUCAUCAGACCAUAAUUUCAUAGCAAAUGGCAAACAUUUUACAAGAACUGCUUCCAGUGGCAUAUAAUAGGACUAUAUCGCAGGGAGUUUGAUUCCCUCUAAAAAGUGACACUACCUCUCACACAUUUUGUGUAAAAAAAAUUAAAGGUUUCUGUUCACUACGUAUUAACAACAUGUCCGCGAGACACUACCUCUCACACGUUUUGCAUAGAGAAACCUUCAUGUAUUUGUGUUCACUGUGUUCACAACACGUUCGUGAAACACCACCUGUUGCGCGGUUCGCGUGGAGAAAUCUUAAAUGUUUUUGUGCUUACUACCUGUUCACAACACUUCAGUGAGGCACUACCUCUCACACGCGUAGAGAAAUCUUAAAAGGUGUUUGUGUUCACAACACGUCCGCAAAACAUUACCUCUCACAGGUUUUGCAUAGAGAAAUCUUCAACAUUUUUGUUUUAUUUUGUUCACAACACGUCUGCGAGACACUACCUUUCACACGAUAGCGUAGAGAAACCUUCAACGUUUUUAUGUUCACUGUGUUCACAACACCUCUGCUAGACGCUAUCUCUCACGUGUUUCGCGUAGAGAAAUCUUAAUUUUUUGUGUGUUCAUUACAUGUUCACAACACAUCCGUGAGACACUACCUCUUACACGUUUUGCAUGAAAUCUUCAACUUUUUUGUGUUCACAACACCUCCACAAUUUCAAUUUGUGUUCACAACACAUCUGUGAGACACUACGUCUCACUCGUUUCGCGUAGAGAAUUCAUAAAUAUUUUUGUGUUCACUACAUGUUCACAACACGUCCACGAGACACUACCUCUCACAUGUUUCGUGUAGAGAAAUCUUCAACGUUGGUUUUUGUUCAUUACGUGUUCACAACAUUUCUGCGAGACACUACCUUUCACACAUUUCACUUAGAGAAAUUUAACAUUUAAAAACAAAAUUGUUAGUUCACUACCUGUUCACAACACCUCUCACACGUUUAACAUAGAGAAAUGUUAAAUGUGUUUGUGUUCACUAUCUGUUCACAACACAUCUGCGAGACACUACCUCUCACCCGUUUCGCGAGAGAAAUCUUAAAUGUUUUUGUUUUAACAAACACGUCCGCGAAACACUACCUCUCACAAGUUUCGCAAAGACAAACCUUCAACGUUUUUGUGUUUACUAUAUGUUCACAACAUGUCCGCGAGACACUACUACUACAUGUACCUCUCACACGUUUUGUAUAGAGAAAUCUUCAACGCUUUUUUUUAAAUUAUGCGUUAACACAUCCGCGAAACUACCUCUCACACGUUUCGCGUAGAGAAAUCUUUUUGAGGGGUUCACUUCUUGUUCACAACACGACUGGGAGAUACUACCUUUCACACAUUUGAAAAGAGAAUUCUUAAAAAAAAAAAAAAAAAUUUUUUUAGUUCACUUCGUGUUCACAACACGUCUGCGAGACACUACAUGUACCUUUCACACAUUUCACAUAGAGAAACCUUCAAAAUUGUUUUUGUUAGUUCACUACCUGUUCACAACACGUCGAGACACUACCUCUCAUACGUUUAGCAUACUGAAAUGUUAAAUGGUUUUGUUUUCCCCAGCAAACAAAAUAAAAUGUCAAUAAAAACAUUAUAUAAAUGU